GGAUCACUUCCGGUGUUCCGUGGUCACGUGUGGAGGCAUUAUACUCCUGUUAGGUCGGUGCGCCUUGCAAGCUGAGAUUUCUCUCAAGAAAACGUCGAAAAACACAUCAUAAAUCAUGUCAGGACUGAACCUGGGAGAACAGAUCAUCGAAGGGAAGACGAAGAUCGUCUACGCCCUGAAGGACGACCCCGCCAACGUCUACAUCCUGUCGAAGGACCGCAUCACCGCGGGCGACGGCGCAAGGGCCAACGACCUGGAGGGCAAGGCCGCCAUCUCCACGGCAACUGCAACCGCCAUCUUCAACCUCCUCACCAGCGCAGGUAUAAAGAACCACUUUGUUCGUCAGCAUGAAGAGAAAAGUUUCAUCGCGCAGCGCUGUGAGAUGAUUCCGAUCGAGUGGGUGACCAGACGGCUGGCGACCGGAUCCUUCCUAAAACGUAACGUCGGCGUGAAGGAGGGCUACAGGUUCUCCCCUCCCAAACUGGAGACUUUCUUCAAGGACGACGAGAACCACGAUCCCCAGUGGACGUACGAGCAGCUUGUGGAGGCCAAGCUGCAGGCGGGCGGCGUGACGAUCGGCCGUGACGAGAUCGAGAUCAUGAGCCGUACGACUGUCGCGGUGUUCGAGAUCCUGGAGAAAGCCUGGGCCACGCAGAACUGCACCCUGGUCGACAUGAAGAUUGAGUUCGGAGUCAACACGAAAGGUGAGAUUGUCCUGGCUGACUUGAUUGACAGCGACUCGUGGCGACUGUGGCCGUCGGGUGACCGCCGACUGAUGAAGGACAAACAGGUUUACCGCGAGCUGAAGGAGGUCACAGCCGAGGCGCUGGACCAGGUCAAGAGGAACUUCCAGUGGGUCGCUGAGAGGGUCAAGCUGCUGCAGACCAAGCCCAGUGCCCAGGUGGUUGUUCUGAUGGGUUCUGCCACAGACAUGGAGCACGGACAGAAGAUUAGUAAAGGCUGCCAGGGGCUGGGGAUCCCGUGUGACGUCAGGGUCAGCUCUGCACACAAGGGCACCGAGGAGACCCUCAGGAUCCUCAGGGAGUAUGAAGGUGACGGCAUCCCGUGCGUGUUUGUGGCCAUCGCGGGCCGCAGUAACGGUCUGGGACCGGUCCUGUCAGGUAACACGUCGUACCCGGUCAUCAACUGUCCCCCCGUCAAGGCGGACUGGGGAGCGCAGGACAUCUGGUCAUCUCUCAGGCUGCCUUCAGGUCUGGGCUGUUCCACCGUGCUGUCCCCCGAUGCUGCUGUCCUAGCAGCUGCCCAGAUGCUGUCCCUGUCCGACCACAUGAUCUGGUCCCGCCUGCGCUGUAAGCAGCUGUACACCUACCUGGGCCUCAAGGUCGCCGACAAGGACGUCCGCAAGGACAAAUGAGAGGAGCCGCGUAUCGGGUUUCCACCCUGCAUAUUCACAAUGCAAUGCAAUCAGGCUGAGUUUGGUAGAAACUAGUUUUCCUUUAGAUGCCUAUGUAAUAGAGUGAAAGGGGCCACUUUGUAUUCCACACAUAUUUUUGCCUUAUGCCUUACUUCGCGUGUGUAAACUGUAACUCUGGCUUCAAGCCUUAUCAAUGCAGUAACCAGCUUAUUAGAGUGUUUGCUUGUAUCUUUCAGCAAUAUUAAAUGCUUAUAAAUGCAGUAUCCAGCGUAGAUUCGGAGUAACUUUGAAUGUUUGCCUGUAUCUUUCAACUGUUCAAGAAUCAUGUUUCCAAUACGAGAGCUUUUGGUAGUGUGUAUACAUGCUUUUCCACUUAAGAUUUGCUUCAGUCAGGCUACAAGCCUUAGAAAUUGAAGUAGCUAGCCUACUUGUUGCUUGGAGCUUUCCACUGUUAAGGAUCAUGUUUUCUAUAUUAGAGGUGAUGUGAUGCCAUGUACUUGCCUGGUAUGAGAACUUUGGAGCUGACCAGAAGUAUUAAAUGAGCUGAGAGUAUACAAAUUAUAUAUACCAGUUGGUCAUGGUUCAUGUAUGGUGUUGAAAUAAAUGUCUGCAGCGUUCAGUA